GUCACCCACACCUACAUCACGCACAACACCCUGCACCGCAUUUCCCUCUCGUCGACGCACCCGAUACCAUUCGCGUUGACGCUGGCAAGCGUAUCGAUCAGCACUUGUCGCCCAGUCCCACGUGCUCAAAGCCGGAGGCGGGCGAAGAAGUAGACGGCUCAGCCGAUACUCUACAAAGCUUCUGUGUAGCUCAACUGGGCGCAAGGCGACACCUCCGAGCUUACCCGCAUUUGCUCUAUUGAGAAGGAGCGUUGUCUGCGAAUGCUGCAGAAGGGCGACAAUUUCCUUUACUUACCAAUUUCCCAGGUCCAACACCGCAAUGUCGAGCUCCUCCGCAUCGAGCGCAGCAACACUGCGAUCCGCUCAACAACAAAGCCUGUUGACACUCUUGCACUUCAAUCAACCGCGUGAGGGCGGGGCUGCACGUCUUGGUGGUGCUGCGGGAUCCAUCAUUGGUGGUAGUACAAACGGGUCAGAUGGAGUGGGUGGUGCUGUCUACGAUGCAAAUGGUGCUAGUAAGGAGAGCAAGGAGAUCACCAUUCCGGAUGCACCACCUGUUUGGAAGGUAUUGAUACUGGACAAGAUCGCGCAAGAGGUGCUUGCUACGAGCCUGAGAGUGCAAGAUCUUAGAGAGGCCGGUGUCACUUUGCACAUGCAACUCCACGCGGACAGAUCAGCACUGCCAGAUGUGCCGGCGAUCUACUUCAUCGCGCCCACAAAGGAGAAUCUGACCCGCGUUGCACAGGACAUGUCAAAGUCUCUUUAUGAAGCAGUCCACAUCAACUUCGUUGCGCCUCUACCGCGUUCCGGCACUCUCUUGGACGACUUUGCAGCUCAAGUGGCUAGGGAUGGGACAGCAUCUUUGAUUGGAGGCAUAUGGGACCAGUAUCUGAAUUAUGUGGUAUUGGAGCCUUCACUGUUCUCUCUUCUGCCAGGUCCACCCAAAGGGGGCGACUCGCUCGUGCCGGGAGCGAAGAGCGGUCAGGUGAACGGAACUUCAGAAAAGGCAAGCAAGAGGGAUUUGACCACCUACGAAAGGCUCAAUGAUGCUGCGGCAGGCGAGAGAGAGGUGGAGACGGAGACGGACCGCAUCGCAGCCGGCUUGUUUAGCACUCUUGCGACUAUGGGCACAUUGCCAAUCAUCAGGUGUCCACGCGGUAAUGCUGCCGAGCUUGUUUGCCGGAAAUUGGAAGGCAAGAUCAAGGAGCACAUCAACAGUGCGCGAGGGGCGACGCACUUGUUCUCCGGCGAUAGCGCUGGAAGCCCCUGGGGAAGCAGUCGACCGCUGCUCGUCGUCCUUGACCGAAAUGUCGACCUGGUACCAAUGCUUUCACAUUCUUGGACUUAUCAGGCGCUAGUUCACGAUGUGCUGGACAUGAACCUCAAUCGGGUCACCGUUGUGUCCACUGAGCAGGGCAAGACGCAAAAACGAUCAUAUGAUUUGGAUAGCAGGGACUUUUUCUGGGCCAAGAACGCUUCUACACCCUUCCCGCAGGUCGCAGAGGAUAUCGACGCAGAACUGAACAGAUACAAGUCUGACGCGGCCGAUAUCACCCGAUCGACCGGUAUCAGCAGCAUGGAUGAAGUUGGCCAGCUAGAUCUGUCAUCUAAUGCAGCGCACCUGAAAGCGGCAGUCACUGCAUUGCCGGAGCUCACAGCUCGGAAGCAGACCAUUGAUGCGCACAUGAACAUCGCGACGUCGUUGCUUCAAGGCAUCAAGACUCGAGGCCUGGACACGCUUUUCCAACUCGAAGAAGGCAUUGCGAGACAGAACAAGACAGUCAUCAUGGACACAAUCAAAGAUCCGACACUGGAGUCUGUCGAGGACAAAGUGCGGCUGUUCAUCAUCUACUACCUCUCCGCUCCUGACAACGUCUUUGCGAGCCGCGCUGAUGUGGAAGAAUUUGAAAAGGCACUGACCGAUCUCGGAGCUGAUUUGCGCGCAUUGCAAUACGUCAAAAAAGUCCGAGAGCUAACGCGCAUGACCAUGCUUGCGUCGGCACCUGCACCUCAGCCCGCAAGCGGAGGCGGCGGCGAGCUGUUCCGAGGGUUCAGUUCGCUCAGUAGUCGUCUCACUGAUCGCUUGAAGGACAGCGGUCUCGAGAACAUCGUUGCUGGAGUCAAGAAUUUCUUGCCAGCACAGAAAGACUUGACGGUGACUCGCCUCGUCUCAGCGCUGUUAGACCCGAAUUCGGCCUCCAACCAAGUACGCCAAGAGGUGGAAGAUUGGCUCUCCUUCGACAUGGCUCCACGUCGAGGCAGAGCGACAGCUGGCUCCUCUGCACAAACCGGAGCUGGAUCCAAGGAUGCCAUCGUCUUUGUUGUCGGAGGAGGUUCUUACGUCGAGUAUGCUAACCUGCAAGAAUACGCUGCUAGGACUGCGAGGACGCAACCCGCAAACAGCGCUUAUCCUACGCCUGGAAACAGCGCUCGGAGGAUCACGUACGGAUCUACGGAGAUUCUGACUCCCAGCGCCUUUGUUGGCGCUUUGGCGAAUCUGUCUUAAGUCCGCGGCGUCCAACACUACUUCAUCUGCAAGGGCUCGAAGCUUUGCGAUCGAUUCUCAAUGCAUGCUUGUGUUCUACGUCCAUACAGCAAAGAUGAGUCUGGUAUCGAGC